GAUAAUAACAUUACACAAUUUCCUCUCUUUUCAAGCCUGUGAAUUUGUGGCUGCUUUCAGAGGGGAAAUAAUAGAUAGUGGAGCCUAGAGGCUGUGGUGUGAAGGACAGCCCCGGAACCAGGGAACAGCCAGGGCUACACGAUGACACAGCGGUAGAGUGGCUGCAUUACAGCACCAGAGACCCGGGUUCGAUCCUGACUGCGGAUGCUGUCAGUACAGAGUUUGUACAUUCUCCCCGUGACUUAUGUGGGUUUCUCUGGGUGCUCAGGGUUCCGCCUACACUCCAAAUACGUACAGGUUUGUAGGUUAAUUGGCUUUGAUAAAAAUUGUAAAUUUCCCCUAGUGUGUACGACAGUGAUAGUGUAGGUAAUCGCUGGUGGGCACGGACUCGGUGGGCCGAAGGACCUGUUUCCACGCUGUAUUCUAAACUAUAACUGAAGGGCCUGUUUCUGAGCCGUGAGGCCAUGACUAUGUCUCUAAGUAGUUCUAUUCCCAGGUGAUAGUUUUGAGGCCAGGUAACUUAUUGAAUUAUUUGAACAAAAUGCGAUAUCCUGGACAACAUUUACAAUACCUUUCCUGUGCCAUCAUUACGAGAACAUUUCUAUCUUCUUGAAAUAUGGAAGAUCCUUCCAACAAAUGUGAUUGUUGAUUUCUAAGGCAUUUGGUGAAACAUGGCACUGUCUUGCAGAACAAUAAGAGCAGUGAAUAUUUUAAUCCUAUUCUGGAAUCUAGGCCUGCUCUUAAAAAGACAAGUGUAAGUAUUUUAACCAUAAAUGAGUUAGACAAUAGACAGUAGACAAUAGGUGCAGGAGUAGGCCAUUCGGCCUUUGAGCCAGCACCGCCAUUCAAUGUGAUCAUGGCUGAUCAUUCCCAAUCAGUACCCCGUUCCUGCCUUCUCCCCAUAUCCUCUGACUCCACUAUCUUUAAGAGCUCCAUCUAGCUCUCUCUAGCAUCACUUCCUAUUUUAUCCAAAACAGUAAACUUAAAAAAACUGGUCUUGCCAAAUAAAUGUUCGGCAUGGACUUGAAGGGCCGAGCUGGCCUGUUUUCCGUGCUGUAAUUGUUAUAUGGUUAUAUAUGGUUCUCGAGAACAUGAAGGAGGAAGUUCUGAGUUUAUGGCUGUUAUUUCCAUUAAUCCAUUUUUUACCACUCUAUCUACUUGUGUUACCACUUCCAGUGAGUCAUGGAUAUGGACCAAAAGAUCUCUCUGCUCAUCAAUGGUGUUAACCUUAACAAUUAUCAAUUGUGACCAACCUUAACACCAUAAAGAAAUGCCAUUUGAGUCAUGGUUGAGGUGUUAAAAUUAUAUCUUACUUAUAAAGCAACUUUAACACAGUGGAACAUUUCAAGGCUCUGCACAGGUGAGUUCUUAAAUAAAAUAUUGUUCCCACACCACAUGGGAGGUAUUUAGACUGGAGAUAUUAAGAGGUACACUGUUCAAAAGAUUGAUGAACAAAAUGACUUCUGCCCCACUCACAUCAUCAGCCUGAAGUCCGGGGAGAUUUUGCAACCAAUGGAUUUAUUAAAGUUCAUUUGGAAGUUUGGCUCCAGUGUGACCGAAACUGGGUUGAAUAAUGAACAUGCAACAACAGAAACAGGCACUUCCUUGUGGAGCCUUUUAUAAAAUAACCAAAGUAACUGAAGUGGAAAUAGAUGCCUACAGAUCUCAUCAAUAUUGUGGGGAAAAAACCUGAUCAUAGUGCAAGCAGGGAAUUAGUUUAGUUUAGUUUAUCCAUUACUAUAUUUCCAUAGCAUCAUAGAGUGAUACAGCAUGAAAACAGGUCCUUCGGCCCAAUUUGCCCACAGUAACAUGCCCCGUCUACACUAGCCCCACCUGCCUGCGUUUACCCCAUAACCCUCUAAACCCAUCCUACCCAUCUACCUGUCUUAUUGUUUCUUAAACGUUGCAAUAGUCCCAGCCUCAACUACCUCCUCAAGUAGCUCGUUCCAUGCACCCACCAUCAUUUGCUUGAAAAGGUGACCCUUCAGAUUCCUAUUAAAUCUUUUCCCCUUCAUGUUAAACCUAUGUCCUCUGGUUCUCUAUUCUCCUACUCUUGGCAAGAGACUCUGUGCUUUUACUUUAUAAUUGUUACGUGAGCCAAGGUACAUGUGACAAUAAGACUAUAGAUGAUUACAAUCAAGCCGUCCAAGUGUAACGUUCAACUUCUCACGUAUGUCCAUGGCACAAUCCUGGGUCACAUUGUUUAGAUUAGUUUGGUUUAUUGUCAUGGGUACCAAGGUGCAGUGAAAAGCAUUUCUGUCUCAUGUUAUCCAGUCAGCGGAAAGACUACACAUGAUUAAAAUCAAGCCGUUCACAGUAUCAAGGGAAUAACGUUUAGUGCAAGAUGAAGUCCAGUAAAGUCCAAUUAAAGAUAGUCCAAAGGUCUCCAAUGAGGUGGAUGGAAGGUCAGAACAGCUCCCUAGUUGGUGAGAGGAUGGUUCAGUUGGGUGAUAACAGCUGGGAAGAAACUGUCCGUGAAUCUGGAGGUGUGCGUUUUCAAACUUCUGCAUGUCACUGCUUUGCAGAUUUUGAAUUCUUAUCUGUCCUGGACCUGUUUAGAUCAUAUGCAAUCAAGACAAAUGUCAAGUAUAAUCGGUAGAGUGAAGGUAAAGAUACAGAGUGCAGAAUAUAGUUCUCAGCAUUGAGAAAUAAUUUAAUCACCAGAUCCCAAACAUCAGUCCUUAAGAUUUAUCUUUGCUCAGCCACAGCUUAAUAUCCAAUCCUGAAACUUGCAACAAAGCUAGAAUGAGCUUAGAGUAAAAUAUAAAGACUUCUAUCUUCUUCUUCUUCUUCUUGCGUAUGGCGUGCACAGCCUAAAGUUGUCAGACUACUUGUUCAAUUUGAUCUUAUUUGAAUUUGCAAGUCGGGUUGAUUGCAUUAGUCGAAACAGGGCGGACUACACGAAGGUUGCAAUCCCCCACCCAAGGCUUCUAUGAUUCAUUCUGUCACCAGUCCCAUGCUAUUGCUAUAAAUAUACUUACUGUAACGAAUGGUAAUUUCGAAACUCAAGCAGAGCUGUGCAAAGAUACAAAAUAGGAACAAUAUCACAAGUUCCACUGGAAUCAUAUUUGCUUUCAAAACGUACACUAUGGACUUUGUAUUUCUUUAUUUCAUGAUCACCAUUUCGGUUACAAAUGCUGCUCUAAGUGGACCACGUGCAGUAAAUGGAACAGAGGGGCAAUCAGUCCAUAUCACAUGUACAUAUAAUCGAUAUUUCAGCCACUUCCCAAAGUACUGGUGCAAAGGCGGUGACUGGAUGAGAUGUACCAUUCUGGUACAAACCAUUGGCCAUAACAAGACAACGUCUGAUGGCAGAAUAUCCAUUACAGAUGAUACCAAAGUCGGGGAGUUCUCAGUCACCAUGGAAAAUCUCACCCUGAAUGAUGAAGGGUGGUAUUGGUGUGCGAUUAGGAGAAUUGUCAUUGACCUGCGAAGUCGUGUGAAACUUAAUAUCAUUGAAAAUCCGUCAACGUCAAAGGAUAUCUGGAAACAUAAUACUAACUACAAUUUCAUAUGGAGCAUUUUGCGUUGGAUAUUCUUUGCCAUUCUGCUUGUCUGGGGUAUCGUGACCACGAGAAUGUAGGCAAAGAAAACAGGGCGAGAGCGGUCUGUCACUCUGCACCACUGCCCCAUAACUCAUCAGCUCUUUCAACACUGAAAACCAUCCAGUGAACUGAAGAACAAGGACUAUCCUCAAUGUAUUCCUGUUUAUCACAUACACACCACCGACUGGCCGACUGAUCUGAUGUAAAUACUGUGCUCUCAAAGCAUUAGUUCCCUUACAAGGUCUCUGCUCCCCAAUAGAAGGGGAAUUUGUUUUCUCCAGUUUUUAGUUUAUUGUCACAUGUACCGAGGUAUAAGGACAUAUGUGAUAGGAGCCAAAUUAUGCCAUUCAGCCCAUCAAGUCUACUCCGCCAUUCAAUCAUGGUUGAUCCAUCUCUCCCUCCUUACCCCGUUCUCCUGCCUAUUCCCCAUAACCUCUGACACCGAAGAAUCUAUCUAUCUCUGUCAUAAAAAUACCCAUUAACUUGACCUCCACAGCCUUCUGCAGCAAAGUAUUACACAGAGUCACCACCGAGCGGGCGACAGCAUCCUUUGCCAAGGAUCGCCAGUGUUGGAGCUCCGACUGCGGGAUGGAGCAGCGGUCUGCGGAGCUUCUAGCCGCGGCUGCGGCGCGGUCUUUAACAUCGCGGAGCUGUGACCCUUUGCCAAGGAUCGCCAAUAUUAAAGCUCUGACCGCCGGGCCUGUGGAUUAUAACAUCAUGAAGCCGCAAGAAGCGGCUGAUUCGGGAACUCCAAGCCACGGAGUGUGUUCCGAUCCGUUCCGACAUCGGAGCUUCGAUCAUCCCGACGAGAUGGCCUGAACAUCUGUAGCAGCGACUGCGGAGGGUUCAAGGCCCCCGACCACGGGUGAAUAAAGGAGGAAGAUGACCAAACUUUAUUGCCUUCCAUCACAGUGAAGAAUGAUGAUUCCACUGUGGUGGAAGUUCAUGUUAAAUUCUAUUAUGUAUGGUGUUCAUUUUACUUGUAUGGCUGUAUGUUAACUCAAAUAUCGCUGUUCCUUAAUUGGUGCAUGUGACAAUAAAUGUGAACUUGAACUUGAAUAAUCUCUGUUAAGCCCAUGACUGCAG